AUGAACCCGUACAUCUUAGCCACCCUUCUUUUUGGUUUAGGCCUAGGAACCACAAUUACAUUUGCUAGCUCACAUUGACUGCUCGCCUGAAUGGGACUUGAAAUAAAUACUCUCGCUAUUAUUCCCCUGAUAGCCCAACAUCACCACCCACGAGCAGUUGAAGCUACUACUAAAUAUUUCCUCACCCAAGCAACUGCAGCAGCUAUACUUCUUUUUGCCAGCACCACCAAUGCCUGACUUACAGGACAAUGGGAUAUUCAACAGAUAACCCAUCCUCUACCAAUUGCCCUUAUUACCCUGGCCUUAGCAUUAAAAAUUGGGCUAGCCCCGCUCCACUCAUGACUUCCUGAAGUUCUCCAAGGAUUAGAUCUUACUACCGGACUAAUCCUCUCCACCUGACAAAAACUCGCCCCAUUUGCCCUAUUACUUCAAAUUCAACCUGCCAACUCAUCAAUCCUUAUCAUUUUAGGUUUAAUAUCCACCCUUGUAGGCGGCUGAGGUGGACUAAACCAAACCCAGCUACGUAAAAUCCUUGCUUAUUCCUCAAUUGCCCACCUUGGCUGGAUAAUUCUUGUACUUCAAUUCUCCCCCUCCCUCACACUUCUUACACUACUAACAUAUAUCGUUAUAACAUUCUCAACAUUUCUUGUAUUUAAGCUGAAUAAAUCAACUAGUAUUAACAUACUUGCCACCUCUUGAGCGAAAGCACCAGCUCUUACCGCCCUUGCUCCCUUGGUUCUUCUAUCCCUAGGAGGCCUUCCACCAUUAACCGGCUUUAUACCAAAAUGACUUAUUCUUCAGGAACUAGCCAAGCAAGACUUAGCCCCCACAACAACCGUAGCUGCAAUAUCAGCUCUUCUGAGCCUUUAUUUUUACCUCCGUCUUUCCUAUGCAAUAACUUUAACCAUGUCCCCCAAUAACUUAACAGGAACAACACCUUGACGACUACAAUCCUCACAACUCACACUCCCCCUAGCCGUCUCAACCCUGGCCACUCUCCUUCUUCUUCCCCUAACCCCUGCAACAGUUGCUCUAAUCACCCUCUA